AGCGCUACCAUAUGAUUCAUGAUGACGCGCGUUUUCUCGUCGCGAUGAUGAAAUAUCUAUAAAAUUGGUCUCUCGUUAAAAAGUUAAAUGAAACUUAGCUUAUUUGUACAUGACAUGGAUAUUUGAAAGACAUUGAUGUCCAGUGGCUAUCUGUAAACGCUGAAAAAAGGAUUAAUUGAACCCAGACUGCGCGAUUUAGAGGUGAGGUGGUGAAGAUUCGAUAAACAGCAAAAGCCCACUGACUCGACCUUCAACUUGUUUUGUUAGAGAGGAUUAGGCCUACACGGGGGAUUGGAACUUAUUUUUUACCAAAAAAGACAGACCUUUAAAAAAAAAAAGAAGCAAGCACAAGAACCCCCACAAUGUCCAACCCUCUGUGUCUGGACCAUGAUGGUCACUUUAUGGACAAUUCCACGACCGAUUUCCUGAAAUUGUCGCAAUCUCCUGCCACAUCCAUCACACAAACUCCACUUACUACAACUUCAUCGGACCAAAAAUCCAGUGAGUCGUCCAAACGGAACAAGUACCACUGGAACUUUUUUAAUUUCUACAAUUCUCCGAGCAUUCCAGAGACAAAUGAAGACGAAGACAGAACUAGUCCGAAUGGUUCAGUCGUACCCCGUCCACCUACUCCUCCAGUGCUGAAAGUAGAAACGACCCCACAACCUCCAUCAUCAGGAGUCAAACCAAAAGUUAAACCAGGAAGCAGCCUCUCGGCAGAGGUAACCAGGCAGCAGUUGACUGGUGCUCAGUAUUCAAACAUCUCUCAGCUGAUCAAGUCUGGUGAAGUGUCCAAAUAUUUCGAAACAAAUCCAACACAAGAUUUCACACUAAGAAAAUCCAAUUCGUUUUCUGAUCUUGAUCUGUGCCAAGAGCCUUUCCGUGAAAGGAGAAAUUCUUCCUCUUCGUCUACAUCCCUUCCACCCACCCCGGGUGGCUCUCCAAAACAGCUGCGUAAAUCUUCGUCUGUUUCCACUCUACAAGUUUUAGAGAAAGCUUCAGAGAAGAUGAGGGAGGAAAGGACUUUUCAGCUAUCUGAUGACAAUGCUGCUGCUCUUACAGCACAUGUGAAAGACCAGAAAAAGGAAGCGAAUCCUACAUUUCAGAAUACUAACGAUGACAAUGCUUUAAUCAGGCGCUCUAGUCGUGAGAUGGUGUCUGAAGACAGUCAGAAACGUGGUGUUCUGAAAGAAGCUACCAAAUAUAUGGAAGCUAAUGUGGGACAUUCAAACAGAAAUACGAACUCCCAUGACAGUGAAUCUUUAUUUCAGAAAAUACAAAAGUGGGGUACUUCCACCACGAUGAAGAUGACAAACAAAGAUGUCAAUGCAUGGGCACCAGGAGGAUUUUGAUCACGUGUCGGACCCAUUUAUUUUUUGAAAUUUAUUAUUUUUUCCUGUUUAUGUAAUUUAUUUUUAUUGACUUCAUUUUGAAUUGGUAAUUUUUGUUGUGUCUUUUUUUGCAUUUUUAGGCAUAUAAUUUUAAAACAAAAGUUAGUUUCUCUGGCACUUCCUCAAUGUAAGUCUUAUGCUCCCACUCUGAUACCGCUAACACAUUUAUUGGGGGGGGGGGGGGGGAUAAAGUUAAAUUCAAUAACUCCCCUUCUCAACAAAAGUUCUGUGACAACUAGCAAAAGAGAGAUAACUCUUAAAAAAUCAAGGGCCCGAGAAACUUAUUUUUUUUUUGUGUCUGAACAUAUAAAUUUUUGUUCAAAAAUGAAGAAUAUGUGGGUAUCUAUGCAUGUUACAGUUUUAUGAAAAGAAUUUUGAGAGAGGGAAUAAACUUGGAUUAAAAGCUUCAAAUUUUCAAAGAAAAGAAAAGAGUAUGAACUCAAUUAGAAACAACCUCUGAUGUUAUGGCUAUUCAACUUGAAAUUUUACUGCAACCAUCUUUGUACUUUACCAUUUCUGAAACAUGGUAAUCAUUUUUUAAAAGAUGUAUUAUUAGGAGAGGGAUAUUAUAUCAGUAAUCCUAAUUGAAUGCAUUUCCCUUUCCAAUUAUGACUAUGCAUUUGUAUAUAUAUGUAAGAAAAAUGGAGCUUUUUAAUUUGUCAGCAUUUUAAAAGAGCAACGAGGGUGAAACUACAUAUAUUCAAUGUGACAGUAUGAAAAAUAAUUGAAGAUACACAUUAUGAAUACAUGUACAUGCAUUUUUAUAGUGCCAAAAUCUGAUACAACAAAUUCAUUUGUCGUGGAAACAUUUCAUGUUUUUUUUUUUUAGUUUGUGUCAGAUAUAAUUUUUGCUACUGUACAGUAUUUUCUUUACAUAUGUUGUAAAUGUUGGGUUCUGGUAACAUAUAAUGUGUAUUAAGUUAACCUGUAAAGGUGCGUGAUAAGAUAAUAAACAGGUGUGGAAGGUAAAGACAGAUUAGAUUUCUAAUGACCUACAUAUUCUGCUCUAAUUUUACAAGCCAAAGAUUCAUGAAUCUCAAUAUAUAGAAUGACUUGUUAAGGCAGCUUACAGUAGCUGCCUAGAAGUGGUAUUACAUUGUAACAGAUUACAUACAUACAUGUAAUUACAUUUUCCUCAGGAGAAAAAUAGUCUUUGUUAAGUCCAUUUCAAUGUAUAGAGUCUGUUUUUGGAUGUUUCUGAACUGGAGACAGAAAGAUGAUACAUGUAUCAAGAUUUAUUUUUUUCCCUUCAUAGACAUCUGUACAUUGUGUUUAAAUUUUUAAAAAAUAUAAAUAAAUAUAUUCACAUGUACAUAUUUGAAUAAAUCAUAAAGAAGUGUA